GGUAAAAUUGACCGGAUUGUCAGUGGACCAUCCCGACCGUUUUGCCCUAUUGCCCUCUUUACCGAAGAACGCGCGAAUGACGUAAUCAUGACGAAAGUGUGUGCAGUAAACAACCCUCUUGACAGGACGUUCCUUUAUAUCUUGCGGAGAGUAUUUCUGCGCUUGUACACACUGUAGACGAUGGAAUCUACCCCAAGCAACUUGCUUAGAACGCCACGUGUGGUUUGUCGCAUGGAUGGGCGUGACAUAUUUAUUGAGGUCGAGGAGGCCAGCGGUCGGGGUACGCUUUGGAGUUCGGGGCGGGACCUCGUCAUUGAGCUGGGGACGAUGUUGCCCUUGGACCAUGGUAGGGUAGAAAGGGCGGUGGAAGGCCAAGUAAGUUUGGCCAGGAGGAGAGGGCGCCUAGGGUUUGUAUCCGAGGUCAGGAAGUACGGCCAUCAAAUUCUUAGUGAUUCGUUCAUUAAGAGGGUGUUGGCCGGUCCUGAAAAACAACGGAGGACCCCUGGGGCUUCACUGAGCGGGAGGCCCCGGGGUACUGUAGAGUUGUCCAGAUCGAGACCAAAGCCGGCUCCGAUCCUGACAGCGCUGGACUUCCCUGCGUUGCCAGCACAGUUGGGAUCGGAGGGGGUCAAUGUUGAACCCGGGGUAGAGUCACUCGUGCCCAAUCCUUCCUCGCUGGACACACUUGUGUUGCCAGUAGGGUCGGAGUGUGGGAGGGUGAAGGUCGAACCUGAGGAGGAGGCAUUUGUCUCCGAUUCGACAUCGCUGGUUGUCCCUGAGUCGCCAGUGAGGUUGGUGGAGGUCAAGGCCGAGCCUGAAGGGGAGGCCUUCAUGGCCUCGCAGCCAUCAGCACUGGACUUCCUUGUGUCGCCAGUGAGGUUGGUGGAGGCUGCGUGCAAGGUUGGCCCCGAAGAAGGGGUCAUCAUCAUCUCUGAUGAGGAAGACAUGGAGGUUGAUGCUCCUUUGGCGGCUAACCUUGACCAGGAAAUUGUGGGGGAACCCGGUUUUGCACGGCCUAUAGAUGAAAUGGCAGAGCCCGCAGGGGCAAUGUCACUUCAAGGUAGGAUGAUAAGAGGUAUGGACCGGUGUGAGAGACGGUCCAGGCCUCUUGAUAGAGGGGCAGAGUUUAAUGGAGGGGUUGGGACCAGGGAUAGAUCCCGGUCCCAGCAGGAUGAUGUGGGUUUUAAGAGGAAAAAGACCCAGGGUUGUCCCGUGUGUGGAUUAAGGGCAAGAUCGAUAAGACACCAUGUUGAGGCCCGGCAUUUUCCGCCUGUGUUUCGUCGGGAGGCAUGGGAGAAUCCGGAAAAGGACCAUGUGCGGUUUAGAGGGGUAAUAUGCGUCAUCAAUAGUCUGGGUCUCCAGAGCUUUGAUGAGGCUAUGCUUUUCGUGGGCCGCCAGAGGUUAUCAAUUUCGGAGCAGUCCUGCCUGAACGACAAGGACCAGGUCUGGUUAGAAAGGGUCUCUCGCAGGUUUAUGUUUUACAUUCCCAUUAUAUUCCACGUUGCACGGGUAAACUCGCGAGCGCUCCUCUUCCACUGGAGAGUGUUGGCCGCGUUGCUGAAGCUAUGCAGCCAAGAGGUAAGAGACGAUUUCUUUGCCCAAAGGUUUGUCAGGCGGCACGGCGUGGUCCAGGUGACUGGGUCGACUCAGGCAACUGAGUUGAUGCAGAGAUCCGGACCAGAUUGUUGUGUGGCGGCCCAGGCUACUGGGUCGACUCAGGCAACUGAGUUGGUGCAGGGAGCUGGAUCAGAUCGGAGUGUGGUCAUGGAGGCUCAGGCGACUGUGUCGAGUCCAGAGAUGGAUUUGAUUCAGAGACCCGAGCCAGUCACUUGUGUAGAAAAAGGGGCCCAGGUGAUGGCGUUGACUCAAGUGGCAGAGUCGGUCCCAGAGCCCGGGUCUCUAGGGAAUGAGUGUGAAUUGGGUGAUGACUUUGAAAUUGCACCUGUGGUUCAAGAGUGGAUUUCGGUUAGGAAUGCUGAACUCACCGCGUUCGACAGCCACUUUCACUUGGACCGCAGUUAUAAGACGACCAAGGUUGGUUCUAUUGAGGCGUUGGUGGGGCAUACCGUGGGGCCAAUGCCUGAGGUACCAGUGCGGGUAAAUGGGGGAGUUGCAGUUUUCUGCGAUCCACCCAACUACCCAAGGGAAUAUCCCAGUGUCACUGGUUUCGGGUCGGCUGUCGGGGUACAUCCUAAGGCGCCUCUAAGGGACGUUAAAGGGGUGGUAGGACAGGUGGAGAGAGAGUUGAGGAAGGAUGGGGUGGUAGCGCUUGGAGAGAUCGGUUUAGACAGAACCGUGCCUGAAAGAGAGCGGGGUAGGCAGGAGGAGAUGUUUGUAGGGCUGUUGGAGCUGGCUUGCCCUAGGCGACCAGUUAUUUUGCAUAUUCGGGGGCAGGACACGUACUCUUGUGAGGCUAGUGCCCUUGCCCUCCGACUCAUGCAGAAGAACGUUAGUCCGACUCAGCGGAUACACCUCCACUGCUUCACGGGAACUCUCGAUCAGGUUCUGAGUUGGUCCGCUGCAUUUCCCCGUUGCUACUUUAGCAUCUCAGGUCUGGCUGCGCGUUUUGAUGAGGUGCAAAAGUCAGCUGUGCGAGGGAUUCCGGCCGACCGACUCCUAGUUGAGACCGAUUCUCCUUACUUGCGAGUCCGAAGUAAGAAAGACAAUACUCCGGCGUACGUGGGUGAAGUUGCAAAUACGGUGGCCCAGAUCCGAAAGGAGACCCUCAGGGAGAUAUUGCGCACUACUGCUGAGAACGGCAGGCGUCUUUAUAACCUGUAGGGUUCGGAUACUGGAAAUAGUCUGUUGGCGAGUUGGGGAUCGAACCAUAUGAGGGUGACGCGGUUGCGCGCGCCCUUUAACUAGUGAUUGAGGCGGUCGGAUGUCUGUUAAACACUGGCCAAGGGGCGUCGAUAAUAGAAUGUGUCAGGAUUCAGUGAUGUGGUCUAUGCUUAAGGAAACGGUUGGUCAAAUUAUCAAAUGAGUGCUCUGGGUUUAAAAAUAAAUAAAUAAAAUACAAAGGUCACAUGGUGAUAAAUAAAUAAAAUACAACGGUCACAUGGUGAGUGGGUAAUGCAAAGGAAAAAACUAGCCAGGAAUGUUUCUGUAAGUAUGAGAUCAUAUUGUGUGGUCUUGGAACGUGGUAUAGGGGUGUGGCAGACUGUCUUGGUGGGGUGAAGAGGAGGGCUAUAAAAUGGGGAGGAAUAUGGUAAAAUUGACCGGAUUGUCAGUGGACCAUCCCGACCGUUUUGCCCUAUUGCCCUCUUUACCGAAGAACGCGCGAAUGACGUAAUCAUGACGAAAGUGUGUGCAGUAAACAACCCUCUUGACAGGACGUUCCUUUAUAUCUUGCGGAGAGUAUUUCUGCGCUUGUACACACUGUAGACGAUGGAAUCUACCCCAAGCAACUUGCUUAGGUAAGUUCUAUAGUGUUUUAUAGCAUAAGUACUAUAAUUUGCAUACUCUUGUCGACAUUUCUAACGCCAAUUUCGUUCAACCAAUACUCUUGACCUUUUGAAUAAGUCAUAUUCGAAAAGUAGGUCAAGGUCAAAGUCAAGCUAAGGUCAGUUGAUGUGAGUGUCUUUAUAGUAUCCAAAGACAUUUUUGAAAGCGAAAAGCCAUCAGAGCAAACAUUUAAUUCCGUCAUACCUUGACUGCAUUGGCUGAUGUUCACGUAGUUAUAAAAGUAAAACUGGCCGAUAAUUUAUUGCCAACAUGUAGCUAUCUAUCAGGGGGUGGGGUGAAGAAGAAUGACUGUGAUGUUAUGUGUUUGAGGUAUUCAAGGCCAAAUUACGCAGAGGAGUUACUUCUGCAAAAAGAAAAAAAAAACAUGAACAGACGAAUGAAUCGCGACAUAGCAUACCAAAACCCAGUUUAAUAUAAUCAUUCACUGAAUCCUUGCCUGUGGAGUCCUUGUGGUAUUUCUAAUGUUUCGCCUAAAAUCUUUACAGAGUGGUAAUGAUACAUUAAAACAUAAAUCGGAAUUAAUUUAAAGCGUUCAACUUACAUCGCAUACUAUUUAUUUGUGCCACUUAGUGUAGCCUUUUAAUAAAAUUGAUACAGAUGUUAACAAAAAAAUUCCAUGUCAGUUAAAUUGCAUAAUUCGUUAUCUAAAAUACAGGAUAUCUAUGUUAAGAACAGCAUAAAUUAUAUAACGGUUGUAAACAAGUUCAGCCUUGGAAUGUAAAAAAACACACUCGACCAAGUAUACUUAGACUUAAUUCAUAUAUAACAUAAAACAUUCCUUCCUUUCGACAGUGUUAUAUACAUGCUUUGCCACUCACCUGAUAAAAUGGCCCUGGAGUUGAAUAAAGAAUAUAUGUUUAAGUAAACGAGAUAAAAUUAUGUAAAACUAAACCUGACAACUGUUAUUUUAUACAAGAAUAGCAGGAUAACCCUCGACCGCUCACCUGUAAUUAGCAUUAUUGAGAAAAAAAACGUUGUAUAUUAACAUGUGCCUCGAGGUUCGGCUAGUUAUAACGUCGUAUGCAUAUUUAGGACAAACUGAAUUUUAAGCACCGCUAUACGUUACACAACAAACAUCACACAUCUGUUUCUUGUGGUUUCUGAGCAUAAAUGUGCGUGUGUUUGUUACCUCUAUAUUUGUGACGUGGAAGUUUUGUAGAGGAGCAAUAUAUUAUUAAAAAUACUUAAUAUAAGCCUUGUGGUUUCAGAAAAGAAAACUUUGACAGUUUUUUGUUGUUGCUCAAAAUAGAAUUAUUGAUCUCAUCGCUUGGGCAAUUCUGACCACAUGGACGUAAUUAAAAAACAACAACAUGUAGGCGAUCAAUAGAAGCUUUUACCUUCUAAGUAGUUAAUAUAUGAGCCUUGUAAUAAUAUAGACGAUUUUUGAACUUCCCGUGUUUCAUUUUAUACACUGGUAACUCUGGUCACCCACCCAUGCAGCAGAUUGGAACGAUUUUAACAAUUUUAAAUGGGGGGAACUAAGGUACAAUUUUUGUAAAUUUUCUAGCCCGUUAAAAAAACUUAUGGCGUAUUACAGUCGACGCAUGACACAUAUCAAGACGGCCAAAAGGCGAAAAAAAUGAACACAUUGUACACGGGUUAGCUUAUGUCAAUCAGUGAACAUGUAACGUUUGUGAUUUUUUAUGUUUAGAUUUGAAGUUGGCAAGUUUGGCCAAGUAUGGUUCAACAAUAAGGUAUCAAUAUUUCAUUGAUCUUUAUUAAAGUGUCAAAACGCCAGGUUUUGUAACAAACAGCACAUUCGUUUAAAUGUCAAGACACAACUCAAACAGAUUCGAAAAAGUAUGAACACUUCAAAUAGAUGUAUAAAUGCCACAUCUUAGUGUCUCUCGCUUUUGGACUGAGAGAUAAACCCCCCCCCCCCCCGAGUAAUUUACCAUAAAAAUGUAACAUGUUUAUUGCUUUAUUGUUAUCACAUAUCCAAUUGUUCUCCCGAUGGCAUGUAACGGAGAAAGAAUUACAGCCAGUUGAGUGUUUUUCAAGCGGUUACUUACAGUGAACAAAUGCGUUCUAUUAUGAACAAUCAUAUAUAAUAUAACACCCAACAACCAUCUGAACGCAUUUGCAGUUACUGUAUUAUCUUUUCUACGAUAUUCACAUAACAUGGUAUAAAUAAUUCGCAAAUGACAUUCCAUUUCAGAGAGAAUAUCAUUAAUGAAUGGUUCAUCAUUACCAAAACACAAGUCUCGAUAGAAUUCAUUCAAUUGAUUGCAGUUGUACAAACUAAUGCUAUAGCAUUACGCCAACGCCAAUAAUCGGUUGAGUUCUUUAAGUCCGAACUUGACCUAACCAUGAUAGAGACGAAAACCCCGACGCCACAUUAAGUUAUAUGAAGCAAGUUGUGAUAAUGCAAUAUUUUAAACUGAGUUUAGGCUAGUGUUUGACCCCAGGGGCAAUAUUUGAACAAAGUUUGAAACGAACCAAAAUGCAAUUUUAUAUACCAAAUCUUAAAGAAUUGGAAUUUAUGACUUCAGAGGAAAAUAUUUAGUAAGUAGCAUAACUGGACAGUUUAAUUUUGUACGUAAAACAGUGGAGGAGAACUUCCACCGACGAAGUUCUAAAUACGGACUGACAGACUGUAAUAAAUACGUCCAUAGUGUUUCCCUUCAUUCGUACCAUUUUUUAGAUAUUGUUUUUAAAUCUCUAUAUCUUCAAAACGAAUUUUUACAUGUUUAUUACCGGCUGUUUCGUGCGUAUUUUGACUUAAAAUCAAGAGAAAACGUUGUUUUGAUUUAGACCCAUGCAGAGCCGUAACGUGUGAAAACCGUUUGAUACAUUAUUUAUGAUGAGUUUUAUGAAACUAAAUAGCAAAUCAGAAUUGAAGUUUCUUUCGAAAGGUCCCUAACAAGCUCACUAAGUGUAUCGUUUCAUGUGUUUUAUUUAUAAGUAUAGCAAAAGUUGAGUUCGUUAGAACAAACUAAUUUAAUGCAAACAAAACCGCAACAUUAAGAAUUAUAAAUUAUUGAUAACUACUCGUUCUUUUCAUGGCCCUUGAAACGAUCAACGCACAGCAGCGUAAAUAUCCUUGUCAACUGAUAAGGUUCACCAAGGAGACGUCAUAUUAUAAAUAGUCCUACAUCCAGAAAUUACGCAGAUAAGUCGACCAGGUGUUUGAUAGUGCGCGACAUGAUUCCAUCGGCGUUCUUGGUGGCGGUGGUAUUUCUGUCGUGUUGCUACAUUGUGCGAUGUAAUUUGCAAAGUUCAUGUAAUUCAGCGGUAAAUUGUGCAGAUAAUACCACAGUUUGUGAAACUGAUUUCUGUCAUAUACAGGCCGGUCAAAUAUGCACAGAAGAAACUACAACAACCGUCGCAAUAACUUUAACAACACCUGCCCAAACAAUCACAACCACUAGACCAACCCAGCCAGGUGCAACUUCCCAAUCAUCGAAUACUACUGCGGCACCAACAACUACUACGACAACAUUAACUACUACAGCAACAACAACUUCUACGACUACUACAACAUAGGGAGCCGGCAAGCGAAAAAAGCGCAGUACUGGCCUACAGCAGUGUGUUUCAAACGCAAGUUGUGUAUCAGGCAAACAAACCACACUGGUCUGCGCUUGUAAUGAUGGCUAUACUGCAGAUAAUGGAAAGUGCAACAAAGAUUCUCGCAAUGGCGCAGGACCUUUGAUAGUGACGGAAUUUUGCACUGUAAUGAUGACGACAGUGCUGCUGUUACUCAUCUAGAAAACCCUUCAGUGCUGCAGUGGUCCAUUGACUGUUCGGUACCACUGGCUACAGUUUGUUAAUAACUAUAUAUCUUUAGGAUUUGUCAUGGAACUUAUUUUGAAAAUACAUAAAUCAAAACCAGUCGUGUCUAGUAGACUACAUUAAGUUUAUAUAUCACUUUGAAAGUUCAUUUAUCAAUACAGAAAAUAUCUUUAAAAACGCUAAAACAACUACAACAGAAACAAAACUUUCACAAACGUACGAUUUUACAAACAGAGAGCAGACACUUCAAGCGGUGUGAUUUUUCCGAUUAUUGAUGCAUGAUCUGACUUUGAAAGUGCGUGUGCCCCGUGUCUACAGAAUGUGUCACCGAGAGUGUACAUGUAUGGGAGUUCCGGUUAUCUGUGCAUGCCUGAUGAAGCCGUUGUGCCGACCAACUGGCAAUGCCAGAUCAACUAGAAUACUAGUAGUUUGGUUUCUCGUAGGCACUUGAGCGCCAUUUUUGGUCGGAUAUUUUAUGUAGCGAAUUAAAGACGUAAACCUACAAAUAUUGUUGUUGUAUCUGCAUAUUAACCAAACCAUCAUAUUAUACAUUCUCCACGAAAUUUGUUAUGCCUAUAUUAAUGAGCACUAUCCUACAAAUAAUGCAAACGAAUGAUCAUAAUAAUAUUUUUUCGAACACUCAAUGCAAAACAAAUACAUUCGCAUUCAGUUUCUUUCUGAAAAAAAAGCGGUUACAGUAUUCAAAUAAAUUAAGAUAAGCAAUGGUAUACUAUCUUAAACAAAUAAUGUUGAUUUAUUGUUCGAUUGGAAGACAUGUUUUAAGUUAAAGACACUACUUAUGAUAUUCUGUUGUUGUUUUUUUCGACCUGAAAGCAGUGAGAGCAUACUGUUCAUUAAUAAAUCGAUAUUUGAAAAAAAGAAACAACAGUUGGAAACACUCACAAAAGAGGGUUACUCUCAACUAUGACGUAUUUGGAAAAAAAAAUGAACAAGAACAGUCAUGUGAAAAAAAGUCUGGUUCAUUCAUGUUGGAUGACACACUUUUUUAUUUCUAAAAUGCAGUGCGGUUAGAAUGCUCUUUAAAAAAAGGCGCGGUCAUGGUGUCCCUACAUCCACACUGUCAAUUGUUUUUUUGUUUUUUAUAUUUCAGUUUAAGAUGUGACACUCAAUUAGAUAAGGAUUGGAAUAAGUAUGUCUAUCUUGAACAGUGAUCUUUAUAAUGGUUUCAUUGUUGCAUAUGAUAUAUAGCUUAAAGCACAUAUCCAAUAAACGUUUAUAUACUUUUA